CCAAGCCCCACCUCCACACACCCAUCCCCACCUCCGGGCUGGGAAGUAAAAGCACCGAAUGGCCAGGGCAGCUGCUGCCAGAGGAAAACUUUUGCUCCCAGCCCAGAAGAACGGGACGGGGACGGGGACGGGGCGAAUCCUACAACUGUGAGUACGGCAGCAGUGGCCGGGCUCUCGCGUCUGCCCCGUGCUUCGCAGGCCGAUAAAGCAGACCUGACAGAAUGACGAGUACCGCUACAAAGAGCAGCUACCCGGAUCGGUCCAGGAAAACACUCUGCAGGAACCCAUUUCUCAGUAUCAAGUUCUUUGUUUUCUGCCAUGGGCUCCUGCAGCUCUCCCAGCUCCUGGUCUCCGGCUACCUGAAGAGCUCCAUCUCCACCAUCGAGAGACGAUACGGCCUCUCCAGCCAGACAUCAGGGCUGCUCGCUUCCUUCAACGAGGUUGGGAACACGCUGCUGAUCGUCUUCAUCAGUUACUUCGGGAGCCGAGUGCACAGGCCUCGCUUCAUCGGCUGCGGCGCCAUCCUGGUCUCCUUGGCCGGGUUCCUCAUGUCGCUCCCUCACUUCAUCACAGGGCCCUACGAGUACGACCAGUCCGUUGCCAGCAUGUUCAGCAACAUCACCGACCUGUGCCAGCCUGAGGGGCCGGAGUCCCAGGGGAACCUCAGCGACAUUGGCUGUGCCCCCCACACCGCCAGGGAGAACCACGAGGUUCUCCUCGUCAUGUUCGUCGCCCAGGCACUGCUGGGCAUCGGCGGCGUCCCCAUCCAGCCCUUUGGGAUCUCCUACAUCGAUGACUUCGCCAGCGAGCAGAACUCCCCCCUCUAUUUGGGCAUCUUGUUCUCCGUGACUGUCAUCGGGCCGGGGGUGGCCUUCAUGCUGGGCUCUGCCAUGCUGCGUUUUUACGUCGACAUCGACAAAGUUACUGAAGAUGAGGUCCAGCUCACGAACAGGGACCCGCGGUGGGUCGGCGCCUGGUGGCUUGGCUUCCUGGUGGCAGCCAGUCUUGUGGCCGUGUCUGCAGUGCCCUACUUCUUCUUCCCACGGGAAAUGCCAAAAGAGGUGAUGAGUGGGAAGGAGAGUGGCAGCAAGAAGAGCGAGGAUCUGCUCAGCCAGCUCAGGUCAAGGUCUGAACAAGUGCAAAACCUCUCUCUAACCAAGUUCAUCAAACACUUUCCUAUGGUCCUGCUGAGGAACCUCCGCCACCCUGUCUUCCUGCUGGUGGUGCUGGCUCAGGUCAACCUCUCAGCCAUGGUCGCUGGUUUAGCAACAUUCAUGGGGAAGUUCCUGGAGAGACAGUUCUCCCUCACGGCGUCCUUUGCCAACAUGAUCAUUGGUGCCGUGAACAUCCCUGGGGCGAUGGUGGGCAUCGUGGUGGGUGGUGCCAUCCUGAAGAGGUUCCAGGUGUCCCUGAGGCAGUGCAGCGCCAUGUGCGUCCUGGGCAUGCUGCUCUGCCUGCUCGUGGCCUUCCCCCUUCUCUUCCUCGGCUGCCCCACGCAGAAGGUCGCCGGUGUCACCUACAGCGAGAGCUCUGAAAUUGGACUCCACACCUUGGAGUGCAGCCACCAUUGUAAAUGCCCCGAGAAAGCCUACAACCCCAUCUGCGGCUCUGACGCUAUCGAGUACAUCUCGCCCUGCCACGCUGGCUGCGAGGUCGUGAAUAUCGACGACAAUUCAGUCCUGAACUACACCCACUGCAGCUGCAUCUCCAGAAACGGGCCGGGGGGCUUCGCCAAGCCCGGGACCUGCGGCACCGGCUGCUCCCAUCUGCUCCUGCCCUUCGUGGUGCUCUCCUGCGUGGCGGGGAUCCUCGCCAGCACGUCCCACACACCGUCCUUCAUGCUCAUCCUCAGGAGCAUCCAGCCUGAAGACAAAUCGUUUGCAGUUGGGAUACAGUUCAUGCUGCUGAGAAUUUUAGCGUGGAUGCCGGGACCCGUUCUGUACGGCAGCGCCAUCGACACCACCUGCAUCCUCUGGGAGAAGAAGUGUGACAGGAACGCAGCCUGCAGAUACUACGACAACAACCUCUUCAGGCACAGGUAUCUUGGUCUCCAGUUUUUCUUUGAGGUGGGCGCUUUCCUGUGCUUCGUGACUGUGUAUAUGAUCCUCAGGAGGCAGGAGAUGGAAGCCAGGAAUGUACCAGAGACAAAGACAGACCCGGAGAAGAAGAAACUGGCAGAAAGCACCACAAAGAGCCCAGAAUCCAAAGUCUGAUGCCAAAAAUGUGAAUUGUGAUCCAUGCCCAGGGAGGUGAAGCCGUGUGAAUCACCCCGCACUCGAACUGUGAAGGGCGGAUGCUUGGAGCGAUGGACAAUGGGGCUGCUUCCCACCUUCCUCUGUAGCGCCUCGGGAGCCCGUCCACGCGCUGUCCUGCAUCCGUCUCCACGUGAGUGGUGCAGGUGGCACCUUCACGUGGGGUAGUCCACGCACAUUAACCUUUGGACACUGCAGUCUUCUGGAUUUAUGUCCUCCAAAGUGUUUGUUCCUGCUGACAGUCUCAAUGACGCCAGCACUGACCAUAAGCCUAAGACCUGAGAGUUGUUGGCUUUUUUUUUUUGUUUUUAAAUAAAUGGUUUUUACAAAAAGUGUUUUGUAGUGAGCCCUUGAAUGAUGGUCUGUCCUUGCUCCCCCAAAUGGUAAUUAUUCUUGUUCCUUCUGCUCUUGUAAGCUGUUCUCUAUCCUUGAAGGCUUCACCCAGCUCCAGAUGAUGCUGAUGGGGGUUUUGCCUAGGCUAUGUACCAUUGCAAGGACCAGCAGCCAUGCCUCACCAGGCUGCUGUGUGGGAGAUGCUUUGCUGGCAGGAGUAGAUGUGUAAUAAGGGGCAGGGAUGAGGGUGCUGGGGAUGGGUGGGCACUAGCAGGAACCUCAGAUCCAGCCCAGGAGAGAAAAUCAACAGCUGCAGGCUUAUAGCACCUUGGCAGCAUAGCCGCAUUUUGCAGUAAUAAUAAUAACUCUUAUUUUUGCAUUAUCUAUGCUUGCCACAGUACCUUAUUGAAGUACAUAAGCAUUAAGGUUCCUUCCCAUCUUCUGGUUUGGGAAAGGCAGAACUUUGCCCAGGGGUGCAGGACCAGAAGGGGAGUCCAGCCCUUUUGCAGACUGGGCAGAGCUUGUGGUUAAUGCGUUUGCCCACAGAGCAGACAGCCUGGCUGUGCUCCUUGAAGGGGUUACUGUCAGAGGCAGCGCUAAUUACAGGGCAAAGGUCAAGCCUGGUAUUAUUUUGGUGCAGCUUCCCCUAUUUUCUGCAUUCUUUCCAUCUCAGGGCUCCUUUCCGCCCGAGAGCAGAUUGUGUUGGUGGCCUGAUCCCAUCAGCUGAUCCCAUCACAGACCAUUGGUACCUUGUAAUUUUUGGCUCCAGAUUGGAAUUCAGUAGCAAAACCAAAACUUCUAAGUUCAGCCCAAAUAUGCAGAGGGAAAAAGAAAUAAACUGUGGAGAAAAUCCAUUAACUCCUCACAGCCUGGCAGCUGGUCCUACGCUAAGGUUUGGGGUGUGCUGGGGGCAGGGGGCCUGACCAUGGCAGGAGGGGACUGGGUGGGCUUUAAGGUCCCUUCCAACCCAAACCCUUCUGUAAUUCUAUCAGAGAUUGUUGCUCUUUCCCUUCCCAUGGCUCUGCUCCAGGCUCUCAGCUUAGCCCCCGCUUUUCUGCCUGGCUUUGGGCUCUGGUGAGGUUUUAUUCACCUUUCCCACUGCCCACGUGAACUGCUGCAUGACCAUGUGAUUCUGACCGCGAGCAUCAAAAAGCAAAAUCUGGGGGAGUCUGCACUAUUCUCAGUUUUCAGGUCAUGACUAGGUAAAACAAGCUUCCAAACCAAAGUUGUCAGCAGGUGUGGAAUAGGAAUGAGUUUUUUUGGACAGGAGGAGGGAAGAGGCAGACCACGAUGUUCAGAGUGGUUUCUCUGGCUCCUGGCAGCCCGCGAGUUUGUGGCACCCUCCCUGUACCCAGCGGAGGAGAAGGGUCUUUCCUGACUAAGUGCAAGUCCUCGGCUUGCAGGCGGUUUCCUGCCUUGUUCAGCCCAACCUCAAGCUGCUCCAGGGUACUUUCCAAACCAGAGCAAGCUAACAACACCACCGUUUGUUUCAUACAGCGUGAAAAGCUGAGGGCUGCAUUGUGCUGAGCCAGGAGUACCCCUGGGUUGGGGGAGGGAGAACCAUUUGGGCAGGGGCUGGAGCCCAAAAGGCUGCACCUCCCACCCACCUGUGGACCAUGCUCGGGAGCACCAAAGGCCACCGCACAGGUCCAGGAGUCCUGGUCCACCAGCACGGUCCUUCUGCAACAUCUCUGCCAUCAUUUUUGCUCGUUUCUUCAGCUGCAUCCCACGCUGCAAGGAUCAGUCCAACCCUCGGCCCCAGCGGUGGCCGGGCUUCCUGGGCUCCUGGGGCAGGCAGAAGGCACUCACACGAUGGCCAGGCCAUCAUAUCGAUAUUUUCACACCCUACAGAGAUUUUUCUCAAGCAAUGCACAGUCCAGUACAGAGAAAUUCUGACUUUCUUCAUAACCCCUCCAUCAGAGGAGAGCUCUCUGUGGGUGAGCAGCCAAGGCACUUGCAAACAGCAGCUCUCAGCUUUGUGAUCAGCUGUAGGCCUAUUAUUAGUUUUAUUUUUAUUUUAUUUUUUUUCUUCUGCUGCAGUUUCCAUUAAUUUGGGCUGGAGGCUCUAUAAAGAGAAAUAAAAACACCUCUCCCCUUC